GUAAAGGAGCGGAGGAUUGAGUCAAAGGUGGUGUUGGAGAAAGGGGCUAGAGAGGUGCUGGGGGCAGGUAGGGACCUGGGCCCUGUUUUCAGUCAAAGCCUCCGGGGGGGUACAGGGCACUCUGGGACCUCUGGCCAGUAACACACUCCCGCCUCGUCUUUGGGACGGAUGUUUGGAAGCUGGUUGGCCACCCCUUCCUUGCCUGGUGGGCUCUGAAGCCUCUCUCAGGUGGAAGGUAUCGCUGGUUUUUAGAGAGAUGGUGGCAUAAGAGGAGUCUGGGAGACCACACCCCUAAGCUUCAUCUUGCUUCUGCUGCUAACUUUGGAGGGGUUGCCCUUUCAGGGAGGGAUGCCUGCUGGCUGCCCCGAUCUCUCUGUGGAGGAAGGCACAGAGUAUGUGGGCGGUGAUCUCAAGUUUAGUCGUGGGACUCAGGAUUUAGAGGGAACGAGGGCUCAGAGAGGUGGCACAGAUUUGCCUCUAUUAUUCAGGUUUUUUGUCCUCUUCAGAUUUUUUUUUUGCGGGGGGGCAGAGGGGGAUGGUCAUCCAUUCUACCCCAAUCCCCAGUUUCCCAGUGGGAUGUGUGGAGGAAAGGAGGGACAGGAGGCUCUAGGAGUUAUGUGGGUUCCUGAGGGAGCAAUCUUGAUCUGAACCAGAUGGUUCACUGCUUCAGCAACCCCCUUCCCAGCCCUCCCCCUUGGCUGUGAAUUGGAUGCUUUUAACCUUGUAACUUGAGAAUGGAGGAAGGGAGGCCAGGGGGCCAACUGUCUGUGCGGGUGUUUAUGUCUGCCUCUGCACCCUUGCUUGCAAGCCUGGCAGGGGCCUGUGGGAGUGACCCUGCCUGGGAGCGCAUUGUUGUGAUGUGCUGUGGCACGCUGAUGGCUCCUGGGAACUUUUGGAGUGCAAAUCCCAGAUAAAGCCAAGCUUCUGAGAGCCACUGGCUAUGGCCUCAGGGGAGCAUUUCUACUCCGGCCAAGCCUCAGGGGUCGUGCUGCGGCAGCCUGGCGCCCGACAUGUGAAGGGGAACCUGCCAGGGGAUUACUGUGAGCUAACAGCAGGAUAGGCUGGCCCCGGGGGAGUGGGGAUGGGCAGAACCCGGGCCAGGAGUAUUAGGAAGGAGACCUGGACCCUGGUGGGGAGCUCAGCACAAGCUCGCCUGACCCAGAUGGUAUUGGACACAGUGCCCCGCUGAACAGCAGCUGUUCCCAGCGCCAGAGGACCCCACAGUCACAGUAGGAGCUUUGCGACCCCUACGCAACUGCAGCUGGGGCUGGGGCCACCAGGAGAAGGGACCAGCACCUCAGAUGGGAAGCAGAAGGGCAAGACCUACUGCGGAAAGGAUCUCGAUCUCUGCAGCGGGGUUUUCCCACACUCACAGAGCUUCCUGUUUUUGUCCUCUCAGGGUUGGGGUCUGGCUCCCCUCCUCUGGCAGAGGUUUUGGGCCAGGAGGUGGGACAACGCUUGCAUGGAACCCAAGUCCCCUGAAGUCCAUGUGCUCUCUGUUGUGAUUGGAGUUCUAGGGCUUCCCCGCUGCCGGGAACGAGGGGCCGCCUCAUUGUCUGCUCAUGAACCACAAGGACCCCGACUGCUCCAGACUGGAUUAUUUCAAGCCGCCAAAGAGGGGGACCCCUAGAGCUGGCAGCCAGCAAUCCCAAGGGACUAGAGGGCUGCAAUGGACUGACCUCCCCCUCACCAGGGUGGCAGGAGAGGCAGAGCCUCUGUGGCCUAGCUAGUGACGGAGAGACCCGAUGAAGCCCUAAGCAGGGGCCCCGCCUGACUCAGGGGCAGGACAGCCACUCCUGCCAACGUGUGUUCUCCCUACAUUGAGGGAGGGCAUGGCAAGGGACCCCUGCCACUGUCCCCUGCUGCAGCACGUGACCCUAUGCCCUUUGCAUGUGGUGCCAGAAUAGGCAGGCUACGCCGUGGCUGGCCCCUCAGCGGGCUGGGAAAAGAGUGGCCACGGUGACCGCCACCCGCCUGCCGGCACCAUGAAGUGCUCCCUGCGGGUGUGGUUCCUCUCCGUGGCCUUCCUGCUGGUGUUCAUCAUGUCCCUACUCUUCACCUACUCGCACCACAGCAUGGCCACGCUCCCCUACCUGGACUCGGGGGCCCUGGAUGGGACGCACCGGGUGAAGCUGGUGCCCGGCUAUGCCGGCCUGCAGCGCCUCAGCAAGGAGAGGCUCUCGGGCAAGAGCUGCGCCUGUCGCCGCUGCAUGGGCGAUGCCGGUGCCUCCGACUGGUUUGACAGCCACUUUGACGGUAACAUUUCCCCCGUCUGGACCCGAGAGAACAUGGAUCUUCCACCCGAUGUCCAGAGGUGGUGGAUGAUGCUGCAGCCCCAGUUCAAGUCACACAACACCAAUGAGGUGCUGGAGAAGCUGUUCCAGAUAGUGCCUGGCGAGAACCCCUACCGCUUCCGGGACCCCCACCAGUGCCGGCGCUGUGCCGUGGUGGGGAACUCGGGCAACCUGCGGGGCUCUGGCUAUGGGCAGGACGUGGACGGGCACAACUUCAUCAUGAGGAUGAAUCAGGCGCCAACCGUGGGCUUUGAGCAGGAUGUUGGCAGCCGAACCACCCACCAUUUCAUGUACCCUGAGAGUGCCAAGAACCUGCCCGCCAACGUCAGCUUUGUGCUGGUGCCCUUCAAGGCCCUGGACCUUCUGUGGAUCGCCAGCGCCUUGUCCACGGGGCAGAUCCGAUUCACCUACGCCCCAGUGAAAUCCUUCCUUCGAGUGGAUAAAGAAAAGGUCCAGAUCUACAACCCAGCCUUCUUCAAGUAUAUCCACGACAGGUGGACAGAGCAUCACGGGCGGUACCCUUCCACGGGGAUGCUGGUGCUUUUCUUUGCCCUGCAUGUGUGUGAUGAGGUGAACGUGUACGGGUUCGGGGCCGACAGCCGGGGCAACUGGCACCACUAUUGGGAGAACAACCGGUACGCGGGCGAGUUCCGGAAGACUGGCGUGCACGACGCGGACUUCGAGGCCCACAUCAUCGACAUGCUGGCCAAGGCCAGCAAGAUCGAAGUCUACCGGGGCAACUGAGCAGGGCCUCGCCGCGACCCUUCCGGCCCAUCUAUCGGGCACUGGGGCUCCGGCCCGGGACCCGGGGCCAGCAACCCGCGACCAAUCAUGCUGCAGCCCAGGGGCGUCUGCUGUGCCCCGCCAAUCACGAGACUGGGGGACCGGCCGGGCCUGGCACCAAUCUGCGCUGCGGUCGGGCGGAGCUUCUGUUUCUCCCAGCCAAUCAUGUGACUCAAGGAAAACUUCCGGCGCUGUGUCCAGUCUCCUCCAAUCAAUGGCCUUCGGGGGCGGGCCAGCGGCCGCUCAAUCCCCACUCCCUCAUGCUUUGGGUUAGAGUUUUCUUUCACGCUUUCUGAGGAGGAGAGCAUGGCGCGGGCCUCGGCGAAGCACUUCCGUCAGCCUCGGGCGGAGGAUCGUCUUAGUAGCUGGCCAGACCCGGAGGAGAGCGGGCGGUCGUUGCGGGCCUCAGGAGAGAGGUGGCCGCCCGGCCCCUUUCCCCGCCUGCCCGGAUAGGUGCGUGCAGACCCACCAAAGAAAAGCGGUCGCUGCGGGACCCCCAGUCCCACCUCGGCCGCGCUGUGGGAUGGCUGCGCCCCCAGGGCUUCCUGCGUCUCCAGGAAGCCGGGAGUGGCGCCCUCUGCGGGGUGGGGUGCCCCCGGGCCGAACUCCGGACUGGUGGAGGGGACAGGGCAGAGCUCGAGGAAGCCCUGUCCCCUUCAGUGCAAGGUGCUGUCACUCACGUGUGCCCUCGACCCUCCCGUUCACCCGCAGCCUUCUCAGCGCCUCUCCCUGGGCCCGAGGCCUCCUCACCAGCCUACCUGUUGCCCUGGAAAAAAAUCCCCUGCCCCCCGACUCCGUCCCUACCCCCAGUCUUCGGCCGGCUCUGGCCCCUGGGGAGGGGGCUGCACGGCGGAAGGAGGCUGGCUAUGGGCCCGGCUGCCCGCUGCAUGUACCUCCUCCUCCACCCAUCGCCUCUUGCCUGGGGGUAACUUUGCCUGGGGCUCAUUCUUUGGUUAAGCUGAAGGUGCCGUGGGUGGCCAAACCGCAGAUUCUUUGCAAAUUCUGAGCUGGCAGAGCUCGCAGCCGGGAGCCGGCCGGGGAAGAGGAGACUUGCGCGCCGCAAGCCGCCUGCCUCCACCUUGCUCUCCAUCUCCCGCUCUAGAAGGGCUGGGAAGCUCGCGGCCGGGGUUCCACCUGGAAGCUGCUUGCAUGGCUGAACCCAGCUUAGGUCCCUGGCGGGGCUGCUGGUGGAAUUCUCCCCCUUCGAAGCUGGGGAGGUUUAGGAGGGGGAAGGCUUCUGUGAAGCUCUCAAACCACUAAUAGAGCCCCCUCCCCAACAGUGACGGCGCAGAUGCUCCCCCUUUUCUUAGUUGACACCACCAGGCAGCUUCCUGGCCGUUGGUAGGUUCCUGCAGCUGGCUGAGGGAACAGGGACCGGCAGGGGACUUUGUUAGGGGAGGGUUGGGGUGGGCAGUGGGCCCCUGAAAGUUAAUAUAUUGGAACCUAGCUCGAGUGUCGUUCUUUCCAAUUCCGAAAGUAGAAAGAGUAAAAAUAGGGGUGAUUGGGGUGGGGUUAGUAGAAUGCCUCUCUCAGGGCGCUCCCCCCUCCCCCACCGUUUUAGAGAGCUAGGCCUCAGCCAGUCUUGCCACUCCCAUCUCAGUACUUCCUGAAGAGGCUGUUUUGAGUGUUGAUGAAAAGCAAUGCAAUUAUGCCAAACAGUA